CCACAGUGAGUGCAGCUCCCAGCAGAGAGCACAGCCUGGCUGAAGCUUCACUCCCAGGCCUCGUUCCAGCUUUGCACCACCCACGCACAGCUGAUGGAGGGAGUCUUACCUUUGCUCUGCAUCACCAGCUGCUCGUGACUCGUUCACUGCUCUGCUCGACACACUCCAGGCUGGAAGGAUGGAGCUUUUCCUCCUUCACUACCCCUUUACCUGUCUUCUCAUUGCCUUUCUAGUCCUCUACCAGGUGAAACCUGCAUUCAGAUUCUUCUGCAAGAUGACCUUCUAUAAGUUGUGGCUCUUCACCAUAAGCAUUGGGGUUGCCAUCCUCAGUAUUCCUCGUGGACGUAACGUGGACAACAUGAUGUUUUUGCGCAUAUUGACCCGGCCACUCAAACACAUCUUUGGUAUUCAGAUCGUGGUGAAGGGCAAGGAGAACCUCAGGACUAAGAAACCUUUUGUCCUGGUGCUGAAUCACCAGACCUCCCUUGACAUCUUGGUGAUGAUGGAGGUACUGCCGAAGCGCUGUGUGCCCAUUGCAAAGAAGGAGAUCCUGUACAUGGGCACGUUUGGCCUGGCCUGCUGGCUCGCAGGGGUCAUCUUCAUCGACCGCAAGAGGAGAGAAGAGUCCAUUGGCACGCUGACAGAGGUGGCACACUCCCUGCACAAGGACGACCUGCGUGUCUUGAUCUUCCCUGAAGGAACUCGCAACCAUGGUGGCUCCAUGCUGCCCUUCAAACGUGGGGCCUUCCAGCUGGCUGUGAAAGCCCAGGUCCCCAUUAUUCCUGUAGUGUUGUCUUCCUACAACAGCUUCUACAACCAGAAGGAGAAGAAAUUUACAUCAGGAAAGAUGAUCAUCCAGAUCCUGCCACAAGUGGAGACGCUGGGCCUGAGCCCAGAUGAUGUUCCCAAGCUGACAGAGCAGGUCCGUGACUCCAUGCUCUCCACCUACCAGGGGAUAUCGGGAAUGAUGAACGGAGCUUCCCAUUAGGGAUCCCAUCUUCCAGCUCCAGCUGCUUGUGCCCCAGCUGAGGGGAGCCCAUGGCAACCACAGGAAAGUUUGGCAGCAGAGACAACUGUGAUUGCAACAUUGACAUACCAGAGACAGGCAAAACAUCCACCAGGGAGAGAAGCUUCCAAAGGGAAUGUCGCUGUGUUCCUCCCAGACAACUGUGCCACCCAGGGGGACAGACACACAAUGGACAGAUGGACAUUUCUGUGUAAUCACAUUGUUGAGAAUGUCCCACCAGCUGGACCCCAGGCAGAGCUGGGCCCUUCCCGUGAUCAUUGCUGCCUGCUUGUAGCCACCUUUCCCUGCUCAAAUCCUACGAGGUGAAGGCGUUGAUCCCAAGCCUGUGACCCUGCUGCCUUGGGGUUUGAGGGCUGCCACAUUCCCCUGGAGCACACUCAGGAGAAGGCACUCCGUGGGGAGGAUUUGGGAGGUACCCCUGCCAUGAGAGACAGAAACCAAGGCAGCUUUGGGAGAGGGGAAUUAAAGACCUACAUGUAUCUACAGGGCUUGGUGGUUUCUUUGGCAUAUUUAGCCUUGCAUUUAAGCUGUGGAAGAUUUUGCUUUCAGGGUCGGGCACAUCUUCAAAAGUGUGAGAAGGACAUGUCUGGGGACUCAGAAACCAGAGGCAAACAGCAGGAAUAUGCUGCCUAGUAUCCUUGCCAUGCCCAGAUGGAAUCAUCAUCCCUGAAAGUGUUCCAAAGAUGUGUAUAUCUGGUGCUUAGGGUCAUGGUUUAGUGACUGACCUGGCUGCACGGGGGUAAUGGACUCAAUGAUCUUGGAGUGAUUUUCUAGGCUUCCUGGUUCUAUUCUAAUCCAUGAUGAUUCUAUUAUAACCUCACGAUUUUUAGCACAACCUAACUUUCAACUCAAGCCCACUCUGAGAGCUGCAGCUCCUGAUUUCUGAGUCCAGCCUUCUGCCUUCUCUGUCAGAGGGUGCCCACCAGCCACGAUGUGACUUGCUUUUUUGUGCUGGUAUGUUUAGCUACGAACCAGAGCCAAAAAAUGUUUCGGACACAGGUCUGGCUUACACAGAAUCACACACAGAUUCGCAGAGUCAUUUGGGUUGGAAAAGCCCUCUAGGAUCAUUGAGUCCAACUUGUGGCUGAUCCUCACCUUCUCAACCAGCGCAGGGCACUGAGUGCCAUGUCCAGUCCUUCCUUGGGCACCUCCAGGGAUGUGGCCUCCAAAUGUCCCUGGGCCCCUUUCAGGGCCUGAACUCCCUUUCCAUGGGGAAAUUCC